CCAACAACGACACCCGGAAUGCACGCAAUAAGAAACAGCUUAACAGGCAGUUAGGAAACCAUAAUAAUCAGACCUCUGUGUAAAUAGGCAAUAAAGUAAACUUUCAGUCGUCAUCGACCCUCCAAUUCGUUCAGUGGCUUACGUUAUUAUUCCGAAAUUCAUUUAACUUGUUAACUGGCGCAGUCGGUAGUCCCAGGGUGUGUUAUUUCGAAGUUUUCAAAGUGUUAUUAAAAUCAAGUUGGUGGUACGUGAAAAAUAAAUUAGCGGAAUUCAAUUUUUCAGUUAACGCCGCGAUCAUAAUCAUCACCGCGAAACCUUUCAGAUACUACCACCCUGGAGACGGAGAACCUUCGGUUAAGUGUAAAGUAGACAAAAUAUAUAUAACAUUACAAUUGUGUCGGAAAAAUGGAAGCAGAAAAUUUAAUGCAACAAGUGCGUGAAUUAUACGAAAAGCUCCAGCAACGAGAGGAGAGGCAAAUCAGCCAGCUACAGGCUCCGUGUACAAAAUUGGACGCUCUGGCAGAACAGGACGUGCUAACUAACGAGGAUCAAAACAGGAUCAUAGAAGAGACACAUCAGAGAGCACAUCGAGGGGCAGAUGAGAACUAUGCGAAAUUCAAAAUAUGUUGGUUCUUGUUCAUCAGCCUAUUGGCCAAAUUCAUCCCAAUUACACAUACAAAAUCUGUACGAAAAUCCCCUAUUGAUAACCAGCGAGAAAUUGUGUAGGGUGCAGACAGGGAAUAUCAAGAUCAUCCAUCCGAUUGAUAUGUAUGAAAUAGAACGAACUGUUAAUUUAUUAACAAGCUUAUCUUACACAAAAUUUGAAGAAAAAAAUCCAUUAACAAACAUUAUAAAAUAUAGGAUAAAAAAAAUUGUACACAAAUUUCUAUCACAUCAAACCGCAGAAUCAUAGUAGACAGAAACGAUGGGACAGCUUAGGAUAUGGGUGGAAGUGGAUCGCAGGAUCACCGGACGCUCAGGAUUUGCGAAUAAUUAACUCAACAAUGAACGACCUGAUUGAACAAAACAACCAGCAAUAUCAAGUUAACGUCCAGAUCAAUGAACGAAUCAAAUCACUAACGAAUGCAGUAAAUCAAAUUACAUCUAAUCUACAUACAGAAAAGAUCAUUUUGGAUGAAUUGAAGGUGAUCACUAUCAUUUUGAACAUCGACAUAAUAAACACCCUGUUGGAAGACAUUCAAGAAGCAAUUAUUUUACCAAAAACAUCAGCGAUUAACGGACGAAUGCUCUCUAUCCAUGAAAUAUCCGUGAUAAGAACCCUGCUCCAAAAUCAAGGCAUAGAAAUACAGUUACCUGACGAAGCUCUUCAAUUUGUAACACCCAAGAUAGUCGUCAACAAAGAGAUGCUGUUAUACAUCUUGAGUGUACCUCAGCUACAAAACAGAACGUCUACUGUCAUUAGAAUUUAUCCAUUGAUACAAAGAAACCAGAUGAUACGAAAUACUCCAACGCACCUUAUAAAAAACGAGAAUACCCUUUAUACCACCACGAAUCCUGAAGAUUAUGUACAAAGGUCAUCGAAUUUAAAGGAAUUUACAGAUAAAUGCGUUGUUUCACUGAUUUUCGGUAGGAAAACAGAAUGUGUUUCCGAGACACAAAAUAAAACUUUACAAAACCUCAUUUCUGAAAACAACCUUCUCAUUCGCAACGCAAAAAAUCAAACUUUAAUAUCAACAUGUGGACCAGAUAAUCGAACAUUGGAAGGAAACUUUCUAAUCAACUUCGACAACUGCACAAUAUUCUUCAAUGAAGAAAAAUUUUACAGCAGUGAAUAUACUGCCAAGCUAGAUAUAAUCCAGGGAGCAAUGCAUAAUGUCAAAGUAUACUGGAAACUUCAGAAAAUUUACGAUAUCGCACACGUAAAUAAUCAAACUAUCAGCAACAGAGAAACAUUGAAACAUGUCUACCUCAGGCAAAACGAAUUUGACUUGAAACUUUGGGGAAUCUUCGGAGGAUUGUCAACCGUCUCCAUGAUCAUUGUUGCUUAUAGCAGCGUCAUCGUAUUCAGGACCUACAACCUUUGUUUUUGGAUGAGAGCAGGAAAACGUCGUAUAAAAACUC